AUGCAGACCACGUGGGCGAUGCUGAUCUGUCUGCUUGGAGGGCAGCUGUCAAGUGCCACGCUCUGCACCAUCCCAGGCAUCCCAGGGUCCCCAGGACAGCCCGGCAGGAAUGGCAGAGAUGGGGAGAACGGCCUCAAGGGCGAGCGAGGUCCCCCUGGCCAGGCAGAGCACGAAGAAGACAUGGGGCAGAAGGGAGAACCGGGAGCGCCAGGGUACCCUGGGAAGAUCGGCCCCAGGGGGCCCCAGGGUUCAAAAGGACUCCAAGGUCUCACGGGACCUCCCGGGCCUCCGGGGGAGUCUGGUGACUACAAGGCCACCUUCAAGUCUGGCUUCUCUGCUGCCCGGACCAUCAGCACCCACCCCCGUCGGGAGCAGCCCGUGCGCUUCGACCGCAUCAUCACCAACGAGAGGGGCCACUACGAGAACCGCUACGGCCGCUUCACCUGCCGCCUGCCCGGCCUCUACUACUUCACCUACCACGUCACCUCCAGGGGCAACCUCUGCCUCACCCUGAAGAAGGGCCGGGGCGGCAGCAGGGGCGAGAAGGUGGUGACCUUCUGCGACUACGUGCAGGGCAGCUACCAGGUCACCACGGGAGGCGUGGUCCUCAGGAUGGCAGUGAACGAGUCCGUCUGGCUGGAGCCGACGGAGAAGAACAACCUGGUGGGGAUCGAGGGGUCUGACAGCGUCUUCUCCGGCUUCCUCGUCUUCCCUGACUUUUAG